UUUUGCACAAUGGACAAUGACACCUCACACUAUCAUGUACAGUCAGUGGCCCUCCCCUACUAAAGUUUGCUACGUAAUCAGCGCGCGAAAACUUGCGCGAAGAGCCACGGAAUGAAUAGAAAGUAUAGUACUACUUGUGUACUUCCAAAGUAAAUGUAUUAGGUUCACCCUAUAUGACGUACACUUAUACGUAUAAGUUCCCGCAUGAUAGCAUCCGAUAUAUAUUUUAAUUUUAGCUUAAACUGCUAUACUUGUUUUUAUACAUUUUAUUGUGUACCUAGUUACAUUUUGGCUCGCUGAAUGUUGUGCUACCGAACGUCAGCAAUAUUACUGGCUUGCUACGAGUAACCUUUAGUUCUGUUAAUAAGUGCAAUCAUCAUGAGUCGAUACUUCACGAGACUACAAAUGAGACGGGUUUACGCCUGGGUAGGAAAACCCACGACCGUCAACAGAAAAUUGCGCACACAUUGCUAUGGGGCUCUCCACAUAAGCAUGGAUGACAAGCCUGAAGCCAGUCUGAUUAAAAUUGGUCAGUACAUCUUGAUUGAAGGGGAGGAUGAUGAAAACCCAUAUGUUGCCAAGGUUCUGAACUUCUUUGGUGACGAAGCGGGCAAGAACAAGAAAGCCACGGUGCAGUGGUUUGCACGUUUCUGUGAGGUGCCCCCCGGGAAGAGGAAGCUGCUUGGCAGGGAGCCCCACCCCCAGGAGAUCUUCCUCUACCAAGAUAGCUCGUGUGACACUGAGAUCAGUGCAGAGACCAUCAUAGGCACAGUGCAGGUGGAGCACUUGCCUGAGGACGCCGUCUUCCCUGAGACGGGGAACAGGAACACGCUCUAUGUCAAAAUGUGUUGGGACAGGAAGGCUUUCAAGGUCAUGGACAGCAAACAGAUUGAGCAGCACGCCGUGGCCCCUGAGCCCCCGGCCCCGCUGCCUCGUGCUCUGCCCACCCCUGACCUGGCAGUGCUGAAGCGGGCUAUGCAGGGGCCUCGGAGCCGGGUCUCCAUGAGCACGGGCAAGCUGGACCCCAGCGAGGCCGAGUCGGCCCACUCCAUCUCCAAACUCUCCGCUGCCAAGGACCUGAGCCACGUGCGACUGCGCCGCUGCUCCUCCACGCCCGGGGUGCGCAAGAAGCUGGAGCUCAAUAGCCCAGUGAAGAAACUAACCAGGGAGGAAGUAAUCGAAGAGUUACUGCACGAUGAGAUCGAGACCCAGAAGGAGCAAAUGAAAGUCAGCAAGCUGCCCUGUUCCACACCUCGAAUUACAUUAAGGAUCAACCUGUCCACCCCGAAGUGUUCAUCCGAGUCCCUGUUAGGUGUUAGGAUAACCCCGCUGAAGCCCUGUCCGAGUUUACCCAGCUUUACUGAGCACCCACUGCAGGACCAGGACUCCAGGGACUGGCUCGGUGUCUCCCCUCUGGAGGACGAGGCUGAGACAGGGGUCAGGGCAAGGUCAUCAAAGACCCCCAAACGGGCAACCCCCAAAAGGAGCAGUUUGAGGGUGCAGAAAGCUAGAACUCCGUCAAGGAGGAAGGACUCCUCUUCCACCAUUAAGGAGCCUGCUCUGGGGGUGCUGCCGGAGGAGGACGUAGGGCAGACGGCCAUGACACCACGUUCAAAAAGGAAGUCUGCUCAGCUGGUCUCUGAACGCAUCAGAAAACAGCUAAAGCUGCUUAGCUCCAGUCGGCAUCUGGACUUGGACAGUGAUGACAGUGAUGAUGCCUUUGUACCAGCGAAGAAGGACAUGGAGAUUAGCAGUGAGGAUGAAGCGGAGGAUGAGGAGGUGGGGAGUGAGGAAGAGCUUGUUGUGAAGAGGCGCAAACGGACCGCUGGAACCCACACUCCACGGUCCACUCCGAAAGCUCGUACCCCAGCCAGGACUCCAUCCAAAACACCCAGUAAAAAGGCUGUUCCCAGUACUCCACGGACGCCCCGUCAUGCGACUCCUAGCAUUCCCAGCAGGUCACUGCCAGCCCGGAAUCCAGGAAAUGUGCUGGAAGAAGCGAGAGCCAGACUCCAUGUGUCCUCAGUGCCUGAGUCGCUGCCAUGCAGAGAGCAGGAGUUUGAGGAUAUUUACAGCUUUGUGGAGAGUAAGAUCAUCGACGGCACUGGAGGGUGCAUGUACAUAUCAGGGGUGCCAGGCACUGGGAAGACGGCCACAGUGCAUGAGGUGAUUCGCUGCCUGCAGCAGGCAUCUGACCAGGAUGAGAUCCCCACCUUCCACUUCAUCGAGAUCAAUGGCAUGAAGAUGACCGACCCACACCAGGCCUACGUCCAGAUACUGCAGAAACUGACUGACCAGAAAGCCACAGCAGACCACGCCGCCUCCCUGCUGGAGAAACGCUUCAGCAACCCCGCCCCCAGGAAGGAGGCGACCGUGCUGCUCGUAGAUGAGCUGGACUUAUUGUGGACCAGGAAGCAGAAUGUAAUGUACAACCUGUUUGACUGGCCAACGCGACGCCACGCACGCCUGGUGGUCUUGGCCAUUGCCAACACCAUGGACCUUCCUGAGAGAAUCAUGAUAAACCGUGUGGCCAGUCGGCUGGGCCUCACCCGGAUGUCCUUCCAGCCAUACAGCUUCAAACAGCUGCAGCAGAUCAUCACCUCCCGGCUGAACAGGGUGAAAGCCUUUGAGGAAGAUGCCCUUCAGCUUGUCUCCAGAAAGGUGGCGGCACUCUCGGGCGACGCUCGGAGGUGUCUGGACAUUUGCAGGCGCGCUACGGAAAUCUGCGAGCACUCGAGCAGCCAGCCCUCAGACACGGGACUGGUGGGGAUGAGCCACGUAAUGGAGGCCUUGGAAGAGAUGUUCUCCUCCUCCUAUAUUACCGCUAUAAGGUGUGCGUCGCUUCAGGAGCAGCUCUUUCUGCGCUCCAUCAUUGCGGAGUUUCGCAGAUUAGGCCUGGAGGAGGCCACCUUCCAGCAGGUGUUUGUGCAGCACCAGGCGCUGUGUCGUGUCGAGGGGCUGCAGCCCAUCAGUGUGUCCGAGGGCCUGGCCGUGUGUCAGCGUCUGGGGGCCUGUCGGCUCCUGCUGCUGGAGCCCAGCCGCCUGGACCUACUGCUGCGUGUGCGGCUGAACGUCAGCCAGGACGACGUGCUGUACGCCCUGAAGGAGGACUGAGCGCAGGAGCCUGUACUGGGGCUGUGUUUGUGUGCGCUGGUCGGCCAAGGGGAGCCCCAUGCCCAUAAAGGACUUCAGCAAGCCUGCCUGGUGGGUAUACAGCCAAGAAAUAGUCAUUUCUUCAUUAGCGCUCGUUAUGCUUGUCCUCUUCUAUAAUGGUGAACUCUGCAGAACGGGCAUAAUCAGAGAUUAUAGAAUCGUGCUGGGAUGUAUAUGUUGACCGGUGAGAGGAAGGCUCAUUUGUGCUUAAGAAUUAUGUAUGGGGUUUUACACAACAGGGCAGGGAGGGAGGCUAAGCUAUGUCCUACUGAGAGGUGUGUUCAGCUUCCCUGGGUAAAUUACAUUGUGUUGAUUUGAGACCAUUGAUGUUUAAUCUGUAAUAGCACUGUACAUUUACAGCAAGGCCUGAGAAAAUCCCAUCACUGUUCAGUGUUUGAACUUUUUGCUGUACCUUUCAUUUUCUGUGUAUUAUCUCACCAUUUUGCAGGUGACACACUUAAAUAUAAUCACUUUUACCAAUUCUCAGUGAAAGUUGUAAAUGUCCAUUAGAAUUUGUGAUAUCUCAUAUUGUUUAUAACAUUAUGGCAAUGCUUUUAUGAAAUGUAUAAGUUGGAGUAAAGUUUAAGUACCAUUUAUGGUGAAUACAGAAUCAAGAUUUUUUUCCCAUAGGCCAAGGGAAACAUGGUGUCAAUCCAGCAUUGUAGAGAAAAAUAAGGCUUCCAGAGACGUAAUGUAAAACCAUAUUUGAUGCACGUUGUUUACCAUUGAAGCCAGACUACAGUUUUUUGAACUUCACUUUUAAAAAGGUUUCAGCCAUGGAUAUAUUUUUAUACUCUCCUUUGUGCAAGUUUUAGUGUUGAUGUUGUUUAAUUUCAGUGCUUAAUAAAAUGGAUUAUUAUUAUGGUAAA